GCGGGUAGUAGGGCUGACACGAGAAAAGAUCAUAUUUGCCGCUGCAGCGCGUCACCCACCACGACCUCCGUGAAGAUGAUAUAGAGAAGCAGCAUCUUCAAGAAGCGGUUGCAUAACCUUGUGAUCGUACUUUAUGCUUAUUGACUGACAUCAAAAAUAUCUGACUCAUCUAAAAAGUUCUGUCGCUCGUCAUAGAUCUAGGUGAGCAUAACCACUACAACUACCACUUCUACAAGAUCAUCAACAUGGGGCUCUUAUUCUUUCGCAAGGACAGUUUUCUGUUUCCGGCAUGGUUGACCUGCCACUUAGCUGGAAUGACGUCACACGCAGGUGCAGUAUUCGUCACGACUCCGGCAGCCCAUGGGCAAACAAGUGCAGAACAACAACAAGGUGUGGAAGAAGAUUCAUCUACUCAAGAACAGCCCCCUCUUGCGCCAUCUUCGUUGCGGGAAGAAGAUUCAUCUACUCAAGAACAGCCUCCUCUUGCGCCAUCUUCGUUGCGAACAACUUUGAAGAAGGAUCUGAAAAAUCUUUUGACGUGCUGCUCCCGACGAUGGCGUCAGCCGUCCUCCACGCCUUUGCUCCGUGACGAAGAUCAGCAAGGAGAACCUGUUGGCACAUCCACAACAGACACCACUGCAAAAGCUCCAGCGAGGACCCAGAACAGUGGCAAUGUUGAGGCCGAGCAGAGGGGUGAGGAGGCAUCUAUGACAAACGCAGAGGACCGAGUUGAAGGCCAAGGUGAACAACAGGCUCCUGCAGGAGAAGAAGAAGCCCCUCAAGCCCCUCAAGCAGAACCAGAAGUAGCAGACCAGGUAGAGAGCGAUUUGGAGUACGCUGACGAGGAGGAACCAGGUGUGGCAGACCACAGUGACGACCAAGUUGUGCAGGAAGCAGAACGGUUUGUGACGAGACUGAACGCGCCAGAAAACGCUGCCCGCAGACCGCUCGUUGACCGAUUCUUCAAGUCCAGAACGGCUAGCCCAGCGUCGUGGGAGUACUUUCAGUUAGGCGCGCGUGGCAACAAACUCUCUAGGGUGUUGCAUGCGCGACUGGAUCAUGACCGUGUGCGAGAAUACGCCGAAGACUUGGUGAAGCACCGUUUCCCUCGCGUUCUGCCGGACCUGGAGCAGCUUCGUCGCCAAUUUCUGGAUGACCAGCAAAGUUUAUGACUUUGACUUUAAAUUAGGUAAGUUAGUCUAGUUGUGAAGUUUGUCUAGUAGUUAAGUUAGUUUCGUUGAGUUAGUAUGCAGAUGCUUAUGUUCUUAGAAAUUCUUUGCAAGAAGGAUGACCGAAGAUGUUCUUUCUGAAGAUGCUAGCUGCUGACUACAGCAUGCAGUGCUAGAAUCUCAAUCUUAAAGAUCACGACCGGCAUAGAAGUCCUCUCCUUAGAUAGCCUAAGCAUCACAAAUUAGAAUUACGUCCUCAUCUUCUAACCUAAGUCCGUGCACGAAAUGCCAUUGCCCGCCAGAACCGAAUCACGGCACUGGAAUGGAGGAGAAGUAGGGCUUUUGAGCGUGGACCCCGCGAAUUUAAGGAUCAUCAUAUUUAUUAUUUUGAGCGUGGACCCCGUGAAUUUAAGGAUCAUCAUAUUUAUUAUUUUGAGCGUGGACCCCGUGAAUUUAAGGAUCAUCAUAUUUAUUAUUACAUCCUUCGACGGACAACUUCUUUUUACACUACAACAUUAAUGCAUCCUGUAAGACUAAGACCAGGACAGGAGCAUCCUUGGCUCUACUCGGCCUAGUAAGAUAGAAGAAGUCCGCAGGGAUGCUCUUCUGAAAAAAAGUGCAAAAAUCAUGUCACAGCCUGGCCUGCUCUUCUAAUGUGUCGUUUGCUGGAGACGAAUACGCAUUUGAGGAGGAAAAGAACCCAGAUGAAUGGGAAAUGACACCAAACGAAAUCAUCACUAUCGCAGAGAACAAUCAGCCACAAUUGACUUAAGCCUUCCCCUAACCCAUCUUCGGAAGCAUCCUGGCGAGACUUUCCAAGGGGAAAAACCCCCAGGGCGGAUCUCGAGAUGGAUUCGGGUGAGCUCUAAUUGACGUGGCAUCUCAUGUUCUUUGUGGAGGAUGCAGAGUGGAAGGAAAUCUUUCUCACAGUGCUUCUUAUGGGCCAGAAGCAAGGGUGAAUAUUAGACAGUGAACAAACUUGAUUGAAGAUGUCCUCUGCUUGUUUUUUUCUACAGUCUGUCAUAAUUUUCUGAGUGGUCUGUACCUGUAGUUGACUCUUCUAAUUUGAAAACAGAAAUCACAAUCGCCCAAGCGUCGGAUGAUGUGGGUCCGAGAAUGCGGCUUAGCCUUAUGGGCCAGAUUUUCGUGUUGGUUGAGAUACUUCUAGAACAUGCGAACGAGCACACGGCGAUUGAAAGUGGAGCGUUCUAGAAGAAUCAAUCACCGUGGCGAUUGAAAAUGGAUGUAGAAGAAUCGUCAGGGUCCGAUAGGGGAUGAGACUGAGGAGAUCAAUACUGUAUUUGGCCCAGCAAUGUUGGCUCUUGGAUAAAAACUACAACAACACGUACUUAGAUGAAAAUACAACAUUUUUUAGUUCUUCUUGUGUAUCUUUAUCGAGUUCUCAACAUAGAAGUAUUAAAGCCAUAUCAUAGUCAUACUCAUACAUACAUAUUAGUAGUAGAGAAUAUCGUCUCCAAGCUGAAGCACGUGGACUUCAUGGGGAAGGGACGUCGACUGGCCAGUUUUAUGAGCAUUUCAAGGAUUCUUGACUGUAGAUGAAUCGUUUUCGUUAUUUAUAAUACGUCAUACGAUACGAGUUAUCAUGAAAAACCAUCAAACAAGCAAAGGGUCACUCCUGGUCUGCAAUUGCGCACCACGGAAGGGGAC